AUGUCCAUGUUCUUCAAGGUAGUUCACAACGAUAUUAACUUGUGCCUUGAACAACUGCAGUAUCUCCGUGUGCCCGAGCUAGUGUCGCCAAACGCCCUAGAAGUUCAGGUGCAGGUCUGCGUUGCCUUACGCGAGAAGCUCGUGUCCGAGAUCAAGGAGAACAUUCGGAAACUGAAACAGGCCUGCUCGGAGUGCAUCGACGUUCUAGCCGUGGUCUGCCGGACGACCAGCCAGGCCUCGUUAACCCUCUGCUUCCCGCACUUUCGCCACUGGCAAUCGGAAAUCCUACAGGAAACUGCCAACGAGUACGUAGCGUACUUCUUCAACCAGGUCUACCUGCCGGUGAUCGAGGCCACCAAAGAUCUGGACAUCCUGAAGCUGACCCUCAAGAUCAUCUGCGAAGCCUGGUUGGAUCACAUCUAUAUGAAGAAGACCAAGUUCAGCAGUAGCGGGGCGUUGAAUCUGCUCAAAGACUUCGACGGGGUAGCCGAUUGGAUAGUGAAGUGCGGCUCGCUGGACAAGAAGUUGAAGGACGUGCUGGCCCAGCACGAAGCUCUACGGAUGUGUGAAGGUGUGGGCAAGCUGCUGCUACGGAAACCGGACGAAACGAUUUCGAUACUUCCCAGUCCGAAGGCCGGUCGGAAAGGCGAAGAAACCAACGGAGACGAGAAGGCACCACUCCCGCCGGAGAUGUUCGUACCGAACCAGAAGCGAUGGCUGGAACUGCGGGCAAGGGACAAGAAAUCGAUGGGCCUGAACUGUGCCUGCCUCUGUGCCGGAAUGGAUGUCUAUUGAGCGGCUGUGGGUACGAUUGUGAUAGUUGCCAGUUAUUUGUUGUUGGGACGAAGAGAAGAUUUUAUUGCCUUUUUAUCCAUUUCGAAAAGCAGUAGCCAGUAGGUUGUUGACAUCUCACCAAUAAAGCCUUCUUA